CACGACAACCUCGCCUUGGCUGUUAUUUCCCAAUACUCGAUUGCCAAAGCUGUGCCACUUGACCAAUCUAUCUCGAUGAUCGAAGUUAGCAAGAAGACUGGCUUGUCAGAACAUCUCACACGCAGUAUCCUCCGUCACGCAGUCGCUACUGGUAUAUUCCACGAACCUGUCCCAAAUCACAUCGCUCACAAUGGACUCUCUAAGCUUCUUCUGGAGCCGAAGAUGGCUGGGUGGGUGCAUCAUACUACCAAUGAUGUUGUACCUGCGGCAUCGAUGGUCAUUGAGUCGUGGAGGCGAUUUCCCGACUCGAAUGAGCCAAAUGAAACUGGCUUCUCACUUGCAGGUGGUCAAGGGAAAACUCUGUUCGAGUACCUUGCUGAGAAUGCCGAGGCUAGGGAUCGAUUCAGCCUCGCAAUGGCCGGGCUAACUGCAAGCGGGGGAUACGAUGCUAACGAUCUUGUGCAUGGUUACCCGUGGACCAACAUCACGUCUGGGGCAACUAUUGUUGACGUUGGCGGCUCGGAUGGUACGAUGGCAUGUGCAUUAGCUUCGCAAUACUCAGGCUUCCGUCUUAUCGUCCAGGACUUGGAAGGUGUUGCGGCCCAUGGCAAAGAAGCUCUUCUGCCAAGCUUGAGAGAUCGUGUCCAGUUUCAAGCACAUGAUUUCUUUCACCCGCAGCCAGUUGAGGCAGAUGUCUACAUAAUUCGCCAUGUUCUGCACAAUUGGUCAGAUAAAUACAGCGUCCAAAUUCUGCGACAUAUCGUCGCUGCAAUGAAGCCAACAUCAAGAAUCAUUGUCAAUGAUGCUGUUAUGGUCGAGCCACAGGAGACUAGUGCGGAGCAAUACUGGAAUAUGAGUGCGAUGAAUCUGCAAAUGAUUACCUUGCUCAAUGCAAAGGAGCGUACGUUGCACGACUGGACAGAGCUAUUCGCUAAGGCAGACCCGCGGCUAAAGAUUGCUACUGUUCACAAACCAACGGGAAGUGAGAUGAGCAUCAUAGAGGUCGUUUUAAUGGAUUAG